AUGAAGGUCCUGAUCCGUCAUUUCGCCUACGGGGACCAGUCUCAAGUGUACUCACUCGUGACCGAGGCCACCAUGUCCACUGUUUGGAAGUGCUUCAUCACUUUGGCUCAACGAGAGUUUUGCAUCCACGUGUCACUCAUGCUCUCGUCGGUCAUUUUCGUGUUGGGCGAUAUUCAACUCCACUAUUGUGUUCUAACGCUUCCGUUCACGUUGUUCAUGCUGGGCAUUGCCAUAUGGCUGGCUCAUCGCAUCAAGGCGUGGAAAUUUCACACUGACCUCAAAGAUAUCGAUGCUAACUACCAUCCGUCCACGCGGAAAGGCUUCUGGGUGGCCAUUUUGUUGGAGGGUGAUUAUCGGGAUGCGACCACGGAAUUCGUGCGCGACAAUUCCCAUUAUGCCAAAGCAGCGCAGGAAGGUCAAAUCAUCGGCACCAUUGCCAUCGAUAUCAAAAGCGACCCGGAUCGAAAAGAACCGCCCGAUUCCGUGGCCUGGUUGAGACGGAUGGCGGUGGCCAAACCAUAUCGAAAAAGAGGCAUCGGGGUAGCUUUGGUGGACGUAGCCUUGGCUCAUUGCUCUGAGCAGAAAUUUCGUGCCGUCGAAUUGAUCACCACGGAGUUUCAUGAAGCGGCCAAAGCCUUGUAUAUGGCAAAAGGUUUCAGCAUUUCCAAUUCAUUUCCCAAAGAAUUUGUUUUCGGCUUGAUCCCCAUCACUAUGUACAGAUUCCGACGAUCUUGUACCAGAAACACCUCCCUUGAGGAGGCCUAGGCGGCGAGAUUACUCCUUUUCUUCUUGAUUUGAUACUAACGUCACCACCAGCAUCUCAGUCAGUCUCAUGCUGCUUAUCUUAUAUGGGGAUAUAUAUAAAUCCCCAUAUUGUGUUUGUUGAUUAACCUGUCAUCAGUUUCGUGAACAUUUCUGUGAAUAAUGAUAAUAAAUGAUAGUAGUAACCACAA